AGGAACCUCGACCAAUAGAACCUUGGAGUGGAAUUUUGGAAGCUAGCAGGCUUUAUCGUUGUGCACAAUACGGAAAUGGGGAAGAAAAUUGUUUAUAUAUCAAUGUAUAUAUUCCAGAAAUAAAUGAGAAAGAAAACAUGGAUGUGAUUGCACACAUACACGGUGGUGGCUUCAUGAUUGGUGGAACAAAUGAUUUUGUGAAUCCCAAAUAUGUUAUGGACAUAGACGCAAUUUUUGUUACAUUCACCUACAGACUAGGGAUCCUAGGGUUUCUGAGUACUGAAGACGGAGUAGUGCCCGGCAAUAAUGGUCUAAAAGACCAAACACUGGCUCUUCGAUGGAUACAAAGCAACAUUGCUAGUUUCGGAGGAAAUCCCCAGUCCGUGACUCUGACUGGAUUUGAUGCAGGAGCAUCGUGUACUCAUUUCCAUUAUUUUUCACCGAUGAGUGAAGGUUUGUUCAGAAGAGGGUUAUCGCUAUCCGCCACCGCUUUGAAUUUUUUCGCCAUACAGAGAAAUCCCAGAUCGAGAGCAGAAACGGUGGCAGCCGUAGUAGGCUGUCCAACAACUGAUACAAAAACCAUGGUGGAGUGUUUGAAAACGAAGCCAGCUCCUCUUCUGAUCGAUUCUAUGAAACACCUUCAACCUCUGGACCAGACGCCUUUCGCCUUGUUCGCCCCAGUCGUGGAGGUGAAUAACCCGGCGAACCCUUUUCUAACUGAGCAUCCUUAUGAAAUGCUGAAGAAAGGAAAGGUGCUUGACGUACCGUGGAUGUCUUCAGUUACAGAAAAUGAUGGACUGAUAUAUUUACCAUUACAUGAGAAUAAUCUUGACCAAAUCAACUCCCAAUGGGAAAAAGUAGCUAAUCUGAUUGUGGAUUAUGACGGAAUGAUUCCUGAAUCUCAUUAUCUGGAUGCUGCAAGAAGGAUCAGAGAUUUCUAUUUUCCUAAUGGAGUAUCAAUGUCGAAGGAAAACCAUCAAAAUCUUGAAAAGAUGUUUACUGAUUGGAUAUUCUUACUACCAGCUGAGCAAGCAGUAAUCAUGCAGUCAAGAAUCACAAACUCAUCUAUAUAUUUUUUCCGUAUGUCAUAUUCAGGACAAAACUCUUUGAAAUACUCACAUCUGGGGUCCCCCCAAUUUGUUGACAUUGAAGGAACAUGGCAUGGCGAUGAUGUGGUAUAUUUCUUCGGAGGAUUGAUUACCAAGGACCUUUCUGAAAAUGAGAAACAAAUGAAAAAUUCCUGUUUGAACAUGCUGUACUCAUAUGCCAAAUAUGGGCAUCCUGUUUUCCAUAAUACCGAAUUGAAUUCUAUGAACGAUGAGAAUGAAUUCUUUUUUUAUAAUAUAAGCGGACCUCAGGAUAUUCAAAAGCAAAUUAGUACUCAAGAUGCUGCUAUAUCACUGUGGACUGAUAUUAUGGGAUAUUCAAAUGCAUACAAUAUUAAAUACGGGUUAUGAUAAC